GCCGUAGAAAACAUGACGAAGCAGAAAAGAUAUGCCUAGUGUGCUUAGUACUAGUACUAGUGAACUCCUAGUGUACUUGGUACUUACUGCCGCAUCCAUGACGAGCUCCUCCCAAUUGAGAAACAAAAAGCGCAGCCCAUGGAUGCUGGCGCUCCUUUCUGUGAGUUGACCUGGCAUAAAAAAAGACAACUUCUACUUCGAAGAAAGUACUAGCAGGCCGCAUAGAGAUGCACUACAAGAGUGAUGGUUUCUGCAGCGCUCCCGCUUUUGCGUGGCAGCACUGAUUACUCGGAGUUUGGCGGGCAUGGCGUGGCUGCGCGGAUCAGACGCAGAUCAACACUUUGGGGGCGACGGUGCGUCCUCGUCUGGCGACGAAAGUGCCCAGCGUCGCAAAAGCCCAGGAGAAGCCGAAGCGGACGCGGCCCCCCGUGAGCUUCGGCGCCGUGUCACGGGCGCCCCGGGUUUGUUGUUUGCAGAAGGAGCAGGCGCCGGCGGGGCAGUUGCGUGCCCCUUUGCGUUUGCC